AGAUCAAGCACGAACCACUCGAAUCGUCUUCAAGCCAUCUCUCUGCCCGUGUGCUGCUUCCCUGAUCAACCAUGGGUGGCGGCCACGACAUGGGCGGCAGCCACAACGGUGGCGUGAAGGGGUUCGUGUCCAACCUCGUCGGCGGCAGCAAAGGCCACGGGUACGGGUACGGCCAGCAGGGCCACGGUGGCUACGGAAGCAGCUACGGACACGGCGGCUACGAGCAGGGGUACGGCGGCCAUGGCCAGCAGCACGGCGGGUAUGUGCAGCAGGGGCACGGCGCCUACGAGCACGGCUACGGUGGCGGGCAUGUGCAGCAGCACGGGCAUGGCCACGGCCACGAGCACGGGUACGGCAGCCACGGAUACGGCGGCCACGAGCAGCACGGGUACGGCGGCGGCCAUGUUCAGCAGCACGGCUAUGGACAUGCCGCCGGCGCCUACCCUCCGCACGGCGGCUACCAGGCGCACGGCUACGCGCCGGCGGCGUACCCCUCGCACGGCUCUCACCACGGCGGCGGCCACAUGGGAUCGUACCACACCGGGCACGGCGGCGGCUACGGCCACGGCCACGGCGGGAAGUUCAAGGCCGGCAAGCACGGCAGGAAGUGGAAGUGA